AUGGGUCAGACCUUGUCGGAACCCGUGGUCGAAAAGACAUCGGCCGAAGGUGGAGAUGAUUGCUGCAUCUACGGCGUUUCCGCCAUGCAAGGCUGGCGAAUUAGCAUGGAGGAUGCCCACGCUGCCGUGCUUGAUCUUCAGGCAAAGUACCACAAUGAGGAACAGAAACCGACUCAUCCGGAUCAGCGUCUAGCCUUCUUCGGCGUAUAUGAUGGCCACGGUGGAGAUAAGGUGGCGCUAUUCACUGGAGAGAACCUCCACAAGAUUGUUGCCAAGCAGGAGGCAUUCGCCAAGGGAGAUAUUGAACAGGCCAUGAAGGACGGUUUCUUGGCUACCGACCGCGCAAUCUUGGAAGACCCUAAAUACGAAGAGGAGGUAUCUGGAUGCACUGCUUCAACCAGCAUUAUCUCAAAGAAUAAGAUCUGGGUGGCAAACGCGGGUGACUCUCGGUCAGUCCUUGGUGUCAAGGGCCGCGCAAAGCCCCUUUCCUUUGAUCACAAGCCCCAGAAUGAAGGCGAGAAAGCUCGUAUCAGUGCUGCGGGUGGCUUCGUCGACUUUGGACGUGUUAAUGGAAACUUGGCCCUUUCCCGUGCCAUUGGUGAUUUCGAAUUCAAGAAGAGCCCCGAGCUAUCUCCCGAGCAGCAGAUUGUCACCGCAUACCCCGAUGUGACUGUGCACGAUCUCACCCAAGAUGAUGAAUUCCUCGUCAUUGCUUGUGAUGGUAUUUGGGAUUGCCAGUCUUCCCAAGCCGUCGUUGAGUUCGUUCGGAGGGGUAUUGCUGCCAAGCAGGAGCUUUACAAGAUCUGUGAAAACAUGAUGGAUAACUGCCUUGCUUCUAACAGUGAAACCGGUGGAGUUGGAUGUGAUAACAUGACCAUGACCGUCAUUGGAUUGCUCAACGGAAAAACCAAGGAGGAAUGGUACAACCAGAUUGCAGAGCGGGUUGCGAGCGGAGACGGUCCUUGUGCUCCGCCCGAGUACGGCAAGUCUCACGAGGAAUCCGAAGCCGAAUUCCGAGGCCCCGGCAUUCGCAACCAGUUCGAGGAUCAGCCAGAUGACUAUGACUUGGAGAUGGAGCGUUCGCGGGCCUUUAGUGUUCGCUCGGCUGGGGGUCGAAUCAUUCUGCUUGGUGAUGGCACCGAAGUCAUUCCGGAUCAGAAUGAGGAGGAAUUAUUUGACCAGACGGAAGAUCAUGACCUUGCUAACCAGGUACGCCCAGGAAAUUCCACUUGGAAUGACCGUGAGGCAACCCCUGGCCCGCAAGGGAAACAUGAUGCCUCUCAAAUAUCCGAAUCCCCCGCCUCUACAGAUGACAAGUCCUCCGCUUAG